AUGCCGCAGACCCACGCGCGUCGUCGUGUCGGAGGAACGGGCCCGAAGCAGAUCAAGGGAAGGCAAACUGCAAAGGCGGAGAGUCUGGAGUCUGGAGGAGCCUGGACACGGGGGCCACCAAUGUGUGUAGUACGGGACGGUAACUCGCAAGCCAACAACAAAGGCACUGCCACAACCAUGUCUGAGCGAGGCCAAUUCCGUGGUGGCAGAGGCCGAGGCCGAGGCGGUGAUCGUGGAGGCCGAGGUGGUGGUGCUCGCGGCGGGGCACAGGCUGGUGGUGGUGGUGGUGGUGGUGGUGGUGGUGGUGCAGGAGGACAGACCGACCGUCCAAAGAAAGAAAACAUCCUGGACCUGAACAAGUACAUGGACAAGCAAAUCACCGUCAAGUUCAGCGGUGGACGUGAAGUCAUUGGCACACUCAAGGGCUACGACCAACUCAUGAACCUCGUCUUGGAUGAAGUCAAGGAAGCCUUGACCGACGACGAAGGCAACAUUCGCUAUCGCAAACUAGGUCUCAUCGUCGCCCGCGGAACCCUCCUCGUCGUCAUUUCCCCCGUUGACGGCAGCGAAGAAAUCGCAAACCCAUUCAUCCAACAAGAAGAAGACUGA